UCCACGACGUUAAUGCAACGCUAUGCUGACGGGUGGCACAUCUUAGUUUGUAAAGAGCUUACAGUGAACUACGUGUGCUGUUGUUAGUGCAGUGGCUGGUUGUUGGUGAUUGCAUUGGAAUAAAACAGACCGACAAACCAAGCCACAACAUGACAAUGCUGCUCCAAAAUCGAGCCGUGUUUGCACUCGGACUUCGCAUGUGCUCCACUAAUGUGACAAGAGGACCUUUGGUGGACACAGGAAGACCCAGCUCAGACCUGUCUGAAUUCCGUAAGGCCUUUUCCAAAGCCAAGCACAUAGCAAUCAUCACAGGGGCUGGUGUGAGCGCAGAGAGUGGAGUGCCAACCUUCAGAGGAGAAAAUGAGAAGUGGAGGAAGUGGCAAUCUCAGGAUCUGGCAACUCCAGAGGCCUUCUCUCGCAACCCGUCUCGGGUCUGGGAGUUCUACCAUUACAGAAGGGAGCUGGCUUUGAGCAAGAAGCCCAGUGCUGCCCAUCUGGCUAUAGCAGAGUGUGAGGCCCGGCUGAGGAAGCAGGGACGCUCAGUGGUCAUCAUCACCCAGUGCAUAGACGACCUCCACCGACAGGCCGGGUCCAAACAUGUGCUCAAGGUUCACGGCAGUCUGUUGGAGACGCGCUGUGUUAGCUGUGGAGAAGUGACUGUGAACAAACGGAGCCCCAUAUGUGCCGCCCUGAAGGGCAAAGGUGCGCCUGACCCAGAUGUUGCUGAUGCCCAGAUUCCUGUGGAUAAACUGCCAAGGUGUAACGAAAGCGACUGCCAUGGUCUUCUGAGGCCCAACGUGGUGUUUUUUGGAGAAACUCUGGACUCUCACAUUCUGACCAAGGUGGAAAAGGAGAUGGAAAUCUGUGAUCUCUGUCUAGUGGUGGGCACAUCUUCAAUCGUUUACCCGGCAGCCAUGUUUGGACCCCAGAUUGCGGCCAGAGGCGUCCCAGUGGCAGAAUUCAAUACAGCAACAACACCAAAAACUGAGUACUUCACGCACCAUUUCCAGGGUCCAUGUGGAAUUACGCUGCCUCCAGCAUUGGCGCGACAUGAGUCAGAGGUUAUCUAAGAGCCACAGGAACAACUUUACACGCAGCAACCAGUGGCUUCUUCAACAGACUAAUGCUAUCCAAAGCUGGGUGGGGUCUCAUAUCGUCUUUUAUUCCAAAUGUUUGCCUUAAAAUCACUUCGGCUGUUGAUGCUUGGUAGAGGCUGAGUUUUACAGAAUAUAGCUUUUUAAGACUUUGAGAUAGACCUCCUAAUACUUGAAUAUAUAGCUCGCUAAACUGGAAAUGGGAUAUUGUACGUUUUACGAAUGGCCUUGUAAGAGAAAGGCAGGCACUAUGCAGCAUGGUGUAAAAAGGAAAUGCACUGUGUAUGAUGUUCUUUGCAUAGGAAAACAUCUUAUCGGUUAUCAGAGGGUAUUGAUAGUCUUUACAUAUCUUGCAUAUUAAAUGCUGGUGAGGGAUUCACAUAUUUUGUGUACUUUAUUCUAAAAUUAUGCUGUAGAUCAGAUCAGAUCAUAUUACUCCUGGUGCCCGUGGAGAUUCUUUUCUCUUUCCACAGAAUGACCAGAUGUACAGAGCAUAACAUAAUCUUGUGCCUUUCAAAAACAGUUUACACAACCUUGACCAAAUGCUCGCUUUCAACCUCAAGUGCAAAUCAACCAAUGUUACAGAGAUUUAGCCAAGUGUACAGUUUGCUUUUGACCGAGGACAGAGAGGGUAGUGAGAGGGGAAAUCUUUUCAAUACUAGCCUGUAACAGCAUUUUUUCCCUCUCAUGGCAUUGGACUGUUUAUUAUUACGUUAUUAUAGUUACGUAUCAUGAAUUAUUCAUGAUACAUUUUUACAAAUUCCAAAUGUCUUUCCAAAAAAUAUAUACAGUAUAUACAUGUUUAAAGACUGCAGAUGUAAAUGGUCUAAACAAAUUAAAGCAAUGAUAUUAAAUAACAUGAUUAUGUGUUUUUAGACAACUUUUUUUGUCCAUAAAUGUUUCAUGUAGUUAUGUACUAAAACUGCCAAUGCAAUAAUUCAGAACAUGAUCAUUAAAACACUAAAUGUACUGUU